AUGCCCACUUUCCUGUGGCCUCUGCUCUUGCUGCUGACCUGCUCUGCUCCCCCGGCCCGCUCCCCCAACGUGCACACCAGUGUGGAGUCUCCUCACACCCCUGCCCCCGGCACUUCCUGCCUGGACCACAUGUGGACACAGGUCAAGUUCAGUCACGAUGUCCCUGGCAUGACUCCCAUCCAGGGCACCUGCGGGGCACAGAUGCCCGCUGUGAGUGUGGCUGCCACGCCGCCUCCGUGCACACGCAGAGAGCCGCGGGGGCUCCAGACAGAAUCUUCCUGUUGCAGCCAGGACCCCGUGUGGGGCUCCCUCUCGGCUGCCUUUCUGUUUAAGUUCUUCUUGUUUGAGUUACAGAAAUGA